GAAAGCAACGAUUUUGCCGGGCUUUUCAUUCCUUCUGCGCUGUCUGCCAUCAUAGAAACGAAGAACCGUUUAGAGUGAUUGCUACAGUCUUAACUUUGAGAAUAAAAGCAAAAUCAAUAUCCUGGGCUAAUUUAAAUCCUGCAAAAUGCCGAAAGUAAAUACAUUGUUCAAUUAUUUCACCUCUCCAAAAGGUGUCAAGCCUACAAAUGGAAAAACGCCGGCGACCAAAGAAAAGGCUUCCACUCCAAAGAGAGGACAAAAGAACAAAGCUCAACAAAAAAUUAAAGGUAAAGAAAACUACAGCAAUGAAGAUAGGAAGAGAUCAUUGAAAGACGAUGAUGAUGAUGAAUAUGAUGAGCAUGUUGAUGAGAUAUUUGCAGCACCAACCCCUAAAAAGAGGAGACUUAUUAUCCCUGAUGAAAGUGAUGGAUCGGGAGACGAUUUUGUACCUGGUCCUGGAGAAACUUCAUAUGAAUCUGAGUCUGUUUCUGAGGGUGUGUCUGAAAGUGAACUAGAAACAGAAAGUGAAGAGGAAACUCCAAAGAAAAAAGCAAAGAGAUCGACUACUACCUCAAAUAAAAACCAGAAAGCCAAUACAAAAACCCAAAAAACAGGAAAGGAAGGGUCUAAGCCUUCCAUUGCUCCAUCACAAAAUCAAGGAGCAAGUGCAGGAGCACAUGUUAUAGAGUCAUGGCCUCAUCUGAAGUAUGAUUUUUUGCAACCAAACAAAAUACGCGACAUAAACAGGAAACCUUUGACAGAUCCCAACUAUGAUCCGAAAACUGUUUACGUUCCUGAAGACUUCAAAAACAGUCAAACACCUGCAAUGAGGCAAUGGUGGGAAUUAAAGAGUAGACAUUUCGAUUGUGUACUCUUCUUCAAAGUCGGAAAAUUCUAUGAAUUGUAUCACAUGGAUGCUGUUACCGGUGUAAACGAACUUAGUCUUUCGUACAUGCGUGGAGAAUUUGCACACUCUGGUUUUCCCGAAAUAGCAUAUGGCCGUUUCUCAGCGAGUUUAAUUGAGAGAGGAUAUAAAGUAGCAAGAGUGGAGCAAACUGAAAAUCCUGAUAUGAUGAGUCAACGUUGCUCUAAAAUGACUAAACCCACAAAAUUCGAUAAAGUAGUAAAGAGAGAAAUAUGCCAAAUAAGUACAAGAGGUACUAGAGUUUAUACACCGCAGGAUGCUGAGGCAUCCACUCCCAAUUCCAAUUAUUUAUUAUCACUGGUAGAAAAACGGCACUCUACAUCGACAACGGUAUCAUUCGGAGUAUGCUUUCUUGAUACCACCAUUGGAGACUUCCAUUUGGGACAAUUUGAGGAUGAUCGUUAUAAUUCCAGAUUGCUAACUCUGCUCGCGCACCAUCCACCAGCUCACGUUAUUUAUGAACAAGGUAAUUUAUCAAAAGAAACUCUGAGAUUAAUAAGCAGAUUAUUAUCUACAGUCAUAAAAGAACCUUUGCUCCGUGAGUCACAAUUCUGGUCAGCAGGAACUACUUUAAAGAAUCUUCACGAAGGCGACUAUUUUAAACGCGAAUCAGACUCAAAUUUUACCUGGCCCGAAGGUCUGCAGCCAUACUUGAACGAGGGAGACAGCUUAGGAUUAACUCCAGCAGAAGAUACGGAACUAGCAGUAUCCGCACUUGGCGGAUGUGUGUACUUACUGAAAAAUUAUCUACUUGAUCAGCAAUUAUUAGCGCAGGGACGCUUCCAGACGUAUAUACCACCUGAUUUCAACACUGUUGAUUCUAAUGCCAAAGCAAAAUUGGCCAAUAAUAUGGUAUUGGAUGCCAUUACAAUAAAUAAUUUAAAAAUCUUGGGGAACGAGGGCUCUCUUAUUACUACUGUAGACCGCUGCUGCACCCCGUUUGGUAAGAGAUUGCUACGAGAAUGGAUAUGCAGGCCGUCUUGUCGUAAAUCUGUAAUAAUACAACGUCAGGAAGCUAUAACUGAAUUAAUGGAUAAGGUAGAUGUUGUACAAAAUGCUCGAGCUAUGCUAGCUUCUCUUCCAGAUCUGGAAAGAUUGCUUAGCAAAAUACAUGCGGAAGGUAAUGCUGCUAAAAUGAGAAAUCAUCCAGACGGAAGAGCCAUUAUGUUUGAAGGUAAAACGUACUCAAAGAGAAAGAUAUUGGAUUUUACGACUACACUAGAUGGAUUUGAAAAAGUUUUGGACAUCAUUGCAUUGUUCGAUGACUUUACUAGCUCACUCAUUUGUCAGUCUACCAAAAUAGAACCGAAUGGAGACUUUCCGAAUUUGCGAGAUACAUUGGAUCAUUUUAAGACUGCAUUUGAUCACGAGGAAGCCAAAAAGGAAGGGUGUAUCGUACCGAAAAAAGGUGUGGAUACCGAAUAUGAUUCUGUCUUAGAAGAAUUAGGUGCUGUAAAAAAAGAUCUAGAUGAAUAUUUGAAGAAACAAAGAGAUCACUUUGGUGUUAAAAUAUCAUUCCAUGGCACUGACAGAAAACGUUAUCAAAUUGAGAUUCCUGAUAGUCAAGUGAAGAAGAUCGGUCCUGGAUAUGAAUUACAGUCACAACGUAAAGGCUUCAAACGUUAUUACACAGCAGAAGCAAGGGAACUUUUAUCAAGGCAAACCAAUGCAGAAGAGCACAGAGACAAAGUUCUGAAGGAUCUAAACAGAAGGGUUUUCGCAAAAUUCAGUGAAAAAUAUGAAAUGUGGAAUACGGCAGUUUACAAAUUGGCCAUAUUGGACGUCCUCAUCUCAUUGGCUGAAUAUUCUCACAGUGGUGAUAUGUGUAUUCCAGAGAUUCACGAUGAAACAGAAGAUGGAAAGAAUUUCAUUGAGAUAAGAGAUGGUCGUCAUCCAUGUCUUCCUUCCGACAACUUCAUACCCAAUGACACUUUAUUAGCAUGCGAGGGAUCUGCUUCUCUUGUAAUACUAACUGGACCAAACAUGGGAGGAAAGUCGACACUGAUGCGCCAACUCGGUCUGCUCACAAUAAUGGCACAGAUAGGCUGCCAUGUACCAGCGACUUCCUGUAAAUUGUCACUGGUCGAUCGUAUCUUCACAAGACUCGGCGCCAACGACGACAUCAUGGCUGGACAGAGUACCUUCCUGGUGGAACUCAGUGAAACAGCAGCUAUACUACAACACAGCACACCGCAUUCUUUGGUACUGCUAGAUGAAUUAGGUCGUGGAACAUCGACAUACGAUGGUACAGCCAUAGCAGCAGCCGUUGUUUCUGCUCUGGUCAAAAUGCAAUGUCGCACCCUCUUCUCAACACAUUACCACUCGUUAGUCGAAGAUUAUAAGACCAAUGAUAACGUGACAUUGGCACAUAUGGCUUGUAUGGUGGAGAAGGAAGAAGAAGAGGAAGUGUCACAGGAGACAGUAACAUUCCUAUACAAAUUAAGUGAAGGAGCUUGUCCAAAAUCUUACGGCUUUAAUGCUGCAAGACUUGCUGGAAUACCUCAAAGUAUUACUAAGAGAGCCCAUGACAUAGCGAGUCGACUAGAACGUGAAACUAAUCACAAGCAUAUUUUUGCAGCACUUUGCAAAGAAAAUGAAACUCCUGUCAAGAGUCUUAUUUCUGCUUUUUGAAUAAGUAUACCGCUCGUCAUGUUUCAUCGACUCUCUUGUUAUUUAAAUUAAAGUCUGCCAAAUGAAUUUUGUCUUUUUUUUUUAUUAACAUAAAUAUUAAUACUAAUUGCAUUGUUUUGUAUCCAACGAAUUAUAACGUUUCAAUAUAUUGUUUAUUUAAUAUCUUUCAA